CGAUUGAGAGAGAGGGACGAAGAUAAAAGAUGUCUCGUGGCAAGCUGUUUCUACGUUCAGUCGACAUCGGUACUUCUUUCGGGAACGUUCGAAUACUGUCCGUGUUUUCUUUCACAGAAAAAAAAAAAAAGAAAAAAGAAAAAGAGCACAAAAACAGAAAGGGACAUAAGGAAGAAGAAAUUACACGCAAAGAAGUGAAUGAGAAAAUUUAUUGAAAAUUGAUGUAUGGAUUGUGAAGUGAAUUUAGGAAAAAAACUUUCACAUAUCUUUGUUAUUUUAUUAUUAUAGAAAAGAAAGAACCGGAGGGUUAAUAAAGAAUAUUCGAAGAGUGAAUUUGAAUUUCCAUCACGGAAGGAAUUAUGAUGAGCACUCAUCAACACCCGAGUUAUGGAUUUCUCUCGGGUAUGGAUUUACACUCGGUGCACCAUGUGAAUCAAGAAAUGGGCGCGAGCGCACAACAGAACGUCGUAACAGCGCAAGAACAACAUAUAAAAAGACCGAUGAACGCGUUUAUGGUAUGGUCGAGAAUACAACGAAAGAAAAUUGCUUUAGACAAUCCGAAAAUGCAUAAUUCAGAAAUAUCGAAGCGUCUCGGUGCGGAAUGGAAACUUCUUUCAGAUGCGGAAAAACGACCGUUCAUUGACGAAGCCAAACGAUUACGUGCUAUGCAUAUGAAAGAACAUCCAGAUUACAAAUAUCGACCACGAAGAAAACCAAAGGUACCGGUAUCAGUAGUUUCUGGUAAACCAGGUUCCAUGAAUCCUGGGGGGUUUCCAAGUUUUCCCCUUCCACCAUAUUUUGCUGCACCAACAGCUCCAGUUUCUCAUCAUCAUCAUCAUCAUCAUCCACAUCCACUUGACUAUCCACCUUUGUCACCAUAUUUUGGAUCUGCCUUCGAUGCCGUUCAUUUGAGCAAGCUCGUUGCUAGCGGUGGUGCAUCAAGUGCCUCGAGUUCGAACUGUGCGGCAGCCGCAGCCGCGGAAGCGACAAGUAACAGUGCAGCCUCCGCUGCGGCUGUUGUCAGUAGCUUCUAUUCUGGAUUAUAUUCCACGGCAGCAUCACCUAUAAAAACUUAUCACACCCCCUCGACUCAUCUUGGGCCUUUAUUCUCAAGUGGUCAUCACGCGCCACCGGGAUCAAGUCAAUCAACGCAUCCAUCCCUUGUAUUUCCAUCGACUUCAUCUAACGGAACUGGAAGUAUCGUCACGACGACCAGCAGUCCCGGAAGCAGUCCAAGAUCACCUCCAGUGCCGUCCACACAACAUAGUCAUCAACAACUCGUAACACCCACGACUACGCCGAGCCUUGAUCUCGAUCAACAUCGUAGACCGGUCUCCGUCAUUUUUUAAUCUUUUUUCAAGCCUUCUCUUUUAAUCGGCACAGCGAAUGAUUACUUAAAAUGAUAUUUGAUCACGUGUAUUCUUCGUCGACAGUCCUGGUUCUCUUUCAAUCUCAAGAGGAUAACCUACCUACGACGCGAAUAUAAUUUAAUUAUCAUAAUUGCAAUGUUGAUGAAAAGAAAACGAUCAUUUAGGUGGAGUUUUUUCAGAUUUCUUUUUUUUUCUUUUUUUGCAAUUCUAUCUUGUUCAUUCUUUCUCCACCCACCCCCACCCAUCCCACCUUUGUUCAAUCUGUAUCCUUUUUCUAUUCUGCGUUUGAAUACAAUUAUAUUUUUUUUCGAAUAAUCAUGCUUGUAUAUUUGUAUUAAGAACGCGAUCGUUUUAUUUGGAGAAGUUUCUUUACUUUUAAUCGUUCGCUGAAUUUCAUUGUCACUUCCAAUGAUCUUUAGAAAUUAAUAAAGGAUUGGCUAGUCAAGAUUUUCACAAAUAACGUGAUUUUUCGUCGUUAGUUAUAUAGUUUUAAUUACAAUUGUGUAAAUAAUAUGUAAAACUGAUAAACAAUUCGAACGAGAACAAUUCUUCUUAGGAUCUAUUGAAUUCGACGAUUUUUUGUCAAUCAA